GCCGCCGCCGCCGCCGCCGCGAUGGGGGCGCAGGGCUCGCAGCAGCGCCCGGUCCCGGAGCAGGAGGCGAUCAUGGCCGAGACCGGCUUUUCCCAAGCCAGCCUUGCCCGCCUUUACCAGCGGUUCCAGGCCUUGGACAAGGAUGACAAGGGCUACCUCAGCCGAUACGACUUGGAAGGGAUUGGCGAGUUAGCAGUGAACCCCAUCGGAGACCGGAUCGUCAACGCCUUCUUCCCGGACGGGAGCGAGGUGGCUGACUUCCGUUCAUUUGCCCACGUGCUCGCCCACUUCCGGCCAGUGGAAGGACCUGGCAGCUCAGAGGACAUCAACAGCCGCCUUAGCAAGCUGAAGUUUGCUUUUCAGUUAUAUGACCAGGACAAGGAUGGCAAGAUCUCACGAGCUGAAAUGCUACAGGUCCUGAGAAUGAUGGUUGGCAUCCAGGUGACAGAUGACCAGCUUGAGAGCAUCACCGACCGGACCAUCCAAGAAGCCGACAGAGAUGGAGACAGCGCUAUCUCCUUCGAGGAGUUUGUCAAGUCGGUGGAAAAGCUGAAUAUUGAGCGAAAGAUGAGUCUGCGGAUCCUGAAAUGACAGGGGUCCAGAGUGCGCCCCCAAAUGGGGCUUGCGGCAUCUGAACCCGGUCAGAUCUCUCUCUGGUUCCUGAUGGUCUCGCGGGAGCCCCAUUCACAGAUAGCCUGUUUCAGGGAUGGGAACCCCGAGCUGGGGCAGCUGGCGCUUGCUGUUGGGGCUGCUGCACGAGAGCAGACCUCCCGUCAUAUAUUAGGCGAGCUGGGUCAGAAAUUGAGCUUUUUGUUUAGUGGCGAGGUGCUUAUUUCAUGUGUUGGGAUGCGUGGCAGGCCCUUGUGUCUGUUUCAGGGAAAGAGAAAGCUGUGUAGAAUUCUCUGCUCGUUUAUCCCACGGGCACCGAUGAGACGACUUGGAUAUUUUCUGCAAGUUUUGCAAUGGUUUCGGAUGUAGCGGGUGCACCUUCAGAGUCCUUGUCCGGAAGACUUUUGUUAGCUGGGGCAAAGAGACUGGAAGCUUCUGCAGCCAAGACAGGCCAUUCCCUGAUUCAGUCUCAUCAACACCGGCUGGCAAGAGCUAACCCAGUGGGAAAUGGCUGGAACAUUUGGGACCUUUGAGCUUCAGCCAAAAAGCAAUUAUGGAGGAACAUAACUGAGGUUCGUCAAACUCUGCCUGGUCUGGAGGAAGCCGUUCGGGAUAAUUUUUCUCCCUCCCCCAAACACUAGGAUCAAAGAAGCCGAUGGGAAGGACAUGUAAAACAGACAACUGCCGCUCUUCAGAAGCACUUCAUCACUCGGUAGGAUUCAUAAGCACAAGCCGUGGAAAUGGCGGCUCAUUUAGCUGGAUUUAAACAGGGACUGGAGACAUCCACAGCCAGGUUAAUCCCGGGCUCUCGGUCUGAAAGACAGUCGCCUCCAAAUGGGGAACAGAGGUGGCAGAGCGGGAGGCCUCCAUCCACCUGUGAGCUCCCAAGAGGCCAAUCUAUGUGAAGCUAGAUGUUUGAUGGUGAUGGGCUUCAUUGAGCCUGAUCCAGCCGGGCUGUUCUGGUGUUCGCGGCUCGCUGGGGCUUCCCUGAAGAUGCCAGCUGCGGACCUUAGACAAAACAGGUGCUUUGCCCAGCUACCGCCUUUACCAACUGGAUGGCACACCCCUAAAGUGUUGACGUUUUCUCCCUGCCCCUUUUGAACAACACUCUCCUAAGAGAUAAGGGCCAGCAAAAUUCUGCAGUAGGCUUACAACUAUGUAGAUUAAAUGCUUCAUUAACCUGGA